UCUUCAACAAUUAUUCAGCAUUUUGAUGAUAUCUUCUUAUCUUGGUUCUAAAAAUAUCAAUGGUGUUACAAGCAGUGACUUUAAAUUCAUUAUCUUCUUCUCUUGUUGGAGCUAAUGAGCUUCAAUAUUCUUCAAAAAGAUCAUCUUCUUCAAGAUUUAAUGUAAUUAAUUCGUCGACAAUACGUUGUUGUUCAAGGAGCCAUGCUUAUAUACCAAAGCUGGAGCCUUUUAGCAGAACCAAGUUCGAUAGGGUUGUAAAAGACCCUCCUUUGAUUGAAAAAUCCGAAAACGAACUUUCAGAUUAUUGUUCUGUUCUAGAAGGGGAUGAUUCCUAUAGCUGCUGGCAGGCCUAUUUUGAACUCAAAGAUCUUGAAAAAGAAGCUCCUAAGGAGGAGGUAGAGAGGCUAAUACUUCAAGCAGGUGGAGUAAAAACUCUCAUUGGUUGUUUACAUGGAGUUUCAGACAUGCACAAAGCAAAACGAGCAAGCAAAGAAUCAGCCAAGAUUGCGAAUCUUGAGGAAAAAGUGGCAAGACCUUGCCCUGUCCCUGAUGGAUUACCAAAGACAAGAGAAGAGCUUGAAGAAGAGGAGAAGGCUAGAAUGCCAGAUUCACCCUUUACUAGACUUCUCAGAGCCAAAGGAACACACCCUGUUUGGUACUCGUCUGCACUUGAUUAUUGACAUGGAAUCCAUAAAAAGCAUGCUUUUGGAGCUUUAGUGAACCAAGUAAUAAGGUCAAGAAAUGGAGUUGAAGGGUGUUUCUUGGCCAAUGUGGUAAAAUUUGUGGGAUGUUAUCACGUAUUUUUGUUAGUGUAGCAUAAAAUAGUUACUUAAAAUAGUUACUCUAUUGUUUAGUUAAGAAUUUCCAUUUGUUUUGAAUGUAAAUAUGGUUUGGUUUUUGGGAAGUUUUAAUUGCAGUAAAGUUAAGUUUCUACGUGCU